CUCCGCUCCCUGCGACCGGGACCGCCCGGCGCGGCCGGGCUCAGGCGGCGCUCGGCGCAUGCGGGGUCGGACUGGGGUGGCGGGGCGGUUGGUGGCGCACCGCGCAGGGGGCCCGGGCGGGAUGGAGGAGGAGGAGGACGACUUCGUGCUGGCGCUGCAGCUCCAGGAGCUGUGGGAAGCGGAGGACAAGGAGGCGGCGGCGGCGGCAGCAGCAGCGCCGCGUCCUGAGGCCUUGCGGGACCUUUCGCCCCUCCGGCCGCUGUCGGUGGUGGACGAGGCGUGGGAGCUGCUGGACCCCAGCCCCGACGUGCACGGCCUCUUCGUGCAGUUCAACGAGGCGCUCUUCUGGGGGCGCCUGGCGGCGGUGGAGGUGUCCUGGAGCCCGCGCAUGACCCUCUGUGCUGGAGUGUGUAAAUAUGAAGGAAAAGGUGGAAUGUGUUCCAUUCGUCUAAGUGAGCCACUCCUCAAGUUAAGACCAAGGAAGGAUCUUGUUGAGACACUGUUGCAUGAAAUGAUCCAUGCCCUGCUUUUUGUUACAAAUAAUGACAAAGAUCGUGAAUCUCAUGGACCAGAGUUCUGCAAACACAUGCGUCGCAUUAAUCGCCUGACUGGAGCCAAUGUCACAAUCUAUCAUGAUUUUCAUGACGAGGUGGAUCUGUACCGCCAGCACUGGUGGCGAUGCAACGGCCCCUGCCGAAAUAGGAAACCUUACUUUGGAUAUGUGAAACGUUCGAUGAAUAGAGCACCCUCUGCACGAGAUUUCUGGUGGGCAGAACAUCAAGAGACAUGUGGAGGAACAUUCACAAAAGUGAAGGAGCCAGAGAACUUCUCUAAGAAAUCCAAGGAGAAAACUCAGGCAGAAAAACUUCCAAAUUCCAAGUCACCUGAGAAAGACAAGACAAAAACUCAUGAUAUGCAAGACCUGGUACCCUUUAGUGGAAAGGGAUAUCGGCUUGGAGGGGGAGACAGUGGACUCUCAGAAAAAAGCACAAAUGAAACAUCUGGUUCACAGCUUCGUUCCCCAGUAAGGACAAUACCAAUCCCUAAAAAUGAGAUAAAAUUCGAAAAAUCACCCCAUAGUGGCAUCUUCUUUCCACUGUAUACUGGUGAUGGCAGUCAGAAAAUCAACUUAGCUUCAAAGCGUGAGUUUCCUAAACUCUCUGUUGCUAAUUCAAAAGCUUACAAGAAUGUGAGUGGAUCACCUGUUAAAAUUGCUCGUGUUAUGGAAGAAAAAUCAAACCAAGGCUCUGCAAGUGGCAAGAGGGUUAUGCCAUUUUAUAACAAGUCACCAAAACAAAUUUGUUUUGAGCAGACAACAACAGGUCAGAAAAAAAGCUCAGAAGGUUCUAAUACACUGCAGCAAUGGCCAAAAACGGAAGACAAAACUGCCUUUGAAAACUAUUUCAUUAAAAAAGGUGGUACUGAUGUCACUUCAAGUAUAAAUACACCUUUAAAAACCAAAGCUGAAUCGACAGUGUCCUCUGCAAGUUCCAGCACUGCUGCGAGGCAGGAUAAAAAAGUCAGUUGUCCUGUUUGCCAGGCUGAGGUUUUGGAGUCUAAAAUAAAUGAACACCUUGAUUCUUGUCUUGCAUAAAACUUUCAGAAAGCUGUCUCAAAAUGAUAAACCGUGACUGAAAACAUUGCUUCAAAACAACUUUGCUCAGGGUUUGCUUAGCUGUCGUUACUUCCCUGUGUGCCUGUUCUGAACUGGAAUUUAAGGUACUGUCAGCAUGCUGAACUGUGGAGUUGCACAUCAGUGCUGACUGGGAAGCUGGCUGCUGCUUGUCUUCUAAAGAAUCGAAUUCUGAAGCUGUAGUAGGUGGAGGUUUGUGCAAACGUUCUUGCUGCAGAAUCUGGGUAAUACACGAGAAGGUGGAUACUUGCUGAACUCCCUAUUUUCAAGGCAGUUUUUAAAAUUAAGACAUGUUUAGUCCUGCUAGUUUAUCUUUGUUCUUAAGACCCCUUUGUCUUGGGGGGUGUGUGUUAAAUAGGUAUUUUUUUGGCCGUUCUCGAAGUUAACCACCUGUAAUAGAUGAGAAUUCCUCUGUUUACUGCAGUGUCAUUAAGUGGCGUGUACUUUUAGAGUAGAAACUGUUUUGCAUAAGCCACAGUUAUGCUCUUAGGUGGUCAUCUCCCCUGUGACCUUUUUGAAAAGAUAGAUGAGAGUGAGAAUCUCAAAUAAAGGAUUUUACCAAAGAUGGAGGAGGCAUAGGCAUCGAAAACAUAGCAAACCAUUUAGGUAGCAGGAAAGAGAAGAUCCAAAAGGGCAAUGAAGAUGCUAGGAAAUCAAGCACAAGGUUCUCGGUAGAUGAGGAGAAGGCCCUACACUUAAGGGCUCAAUUUAAAAUAAAAAGAGAAAGGGGGACAUUUUGAGGAGCUUAUUUUAAAAAAUUGUUUAAACUUUAGGUACACCAUUAAAAGUUGGAGUGGUCACAUGGAAGCUAACAAACUUCAGUCUGUGCGUGCCUGUUUGGUCCAGGAUCCCACUAGAUUCUCCAUCUGCUGCUUCUGAUCGUCUGCCCAAACUGGUCACUGUUUUUUGUUAGGAUAGAAGAAUUAUGAGCAUGAGUAACUGACCCCCUUAACCUGACACUAGUAAGUAAAAGUUGUAAGGAAUAUUGGUAGCCAUACUGGUAAAGACUCUUCCUGGCCUUGUCAUUAAAAAAUGAUUUUUCAGUUAAACUUCCACUGUGUUACAAGUCAAAAUGGUGUUAAAUUGACAUCAGCUGACAGUCUUUAUUUUGCUGCUUCUGGAAGCCAGCCAGUUUGGUGGUUAGUACCCAAGGAGCCAGGCAGUUGAGUACUAAAACCAUUGUGUUGUGAGAAGUUAUGAAUGCUGAGCAGAUGUGUUUUCUACAUAAACUUUGUGAAAUGUUAACAGUUCUCUUGCUGCACUGAAAGUAUUUAACUGGUUCCACACUUACCAUCUUGAUUCCUUACUUGUAAAACUGAUUAUAAAUAUUUCUGUUAAAAAAACCUAAUUAUGCUGUUUCAUAUAUUGUUGCUACAACUUUAAAUGGCUAUAUUAGCCUUGGAUGCACAUAUGUUUGCCUUUAUAUAAUCAACUACUUGCUGCUCCCUUUUGAAAUGGGAAAAUAAACUGAUGUGCAAUGGAAUUUAGCAAAUGAUACCUUCACCCUUUUUAAACAUUGGUUUAUUUUUUUAAAUACUGAUGCUACAGAUGUUUAAUGUGAAUUGGAUUGUUCUUAAAUAUGUUGAAUAAAUUGCUACUGAAUUUU